GUUGUCUUGCACUUUACUGGUAACGUACAUCGUAAUGUUAUUAGAAAUAAACAAGUUACUUCAUAAGAUAUGCAAGAUUUCGGCAAUAUUUUUACAUUGGUUGUGGCUGACGGCGCAUUUAUGGACAUUUAUCGUAGCAUAUGACAUGCAAAGGCGAUUUGGCGGUACAUUUGCAUCAAGCGUUUGUCAUAAAGGUAAAGUACUUUGGUAUUCCAUGAUGACGUACUUUUCUUCCACCCGCAUUGUCUCUAUCUGUUUGCUCCUGGAAUAUAUCGGUAAGCAGAACAUGGAAUAUGGAACAAGUGGAAUCUGCUGGAUCAAUAACACAUUGUCAAGAGUUGUGGCUUAUAUUGCACCUGUGUUACUACUACAAAUCACCACCAUGUUUCUGUUAUCAGUUUCCAUAUUUCGUCUGAAGAAAAACUUGAAGCAAUCGUCAAAUGCGUUGAAUAAAACGAGACAAUUAAGUUUGGUAAAAAUGACCAUUAAACUUUUUUUGGGAUUUGCAGAACUCCUUGUUUAAUUUCAAUUAAAAGAAUUGUCGAAUUAUGCAGUUGUUCUAAAAUCAGUGUUUAGAUUCGCCUAUCCUAUUUCCAUGAGUUUCCGUGGAGUGGCUGUUUUUAUCCUUUCGCUUACACAAAAAGAGUAAUGAGCUGUUUUAAG